AUGGCAGGUAGAAUACAUGUUGAUCUCACCUGCCACACUGUCCACUCUGCCACAACAUAUCGCCAUGUCGUAUGCACCACCACCACCUCAGCAACAGGGCUACUACGGUCCUCCUCCUCCUCAGGGACAGUAUCCUCCUCCUGCACCCAUGCAGUAUCAGCAGGGUCCACCGCCACCACCGGCCGAGGAAAAGAAGGACAGGGGCUGUUUGUAUACUUGUCUUGCGACUUUGUGCUGCUGUUGGUUGUGUGGGGAGACGUGCGAAUGUUGUUUGGAUUGUUGUGA